GAAAACAGCUUUGUACAGGGCUAUAGGUUGAGUUUUUAAAGAUAUAAUUAGAUAUUACAAUUGUUUAUAUUAUUCUUCUAUCAACUACAUAUUUUAUAUAAGAAUAAUUGAAAAUGGCUAUUGAUCCAGAAACCUUUAAGUUUGAUACUCCACAAUUCGACCCAAGAUUCCCUUACCAGAAUCAAACCAAGCACUGUGCUCAAUCUUACAUCGAUUAUCAUAAAUGUGUUAAUGUUAAGGGUGAAGAAUUCGAACCAUGUAAGAUCUUUUUUAAGACAUUCACUUCUUUAUGUCCUCUUGACUGGGUUGAAAGAUGGGAUGAUCAAAGAGCUGCUGGUAAAUUCCCAGUCAACAUGGAUGCUUAAAUUUGAAGAAAUUGUACAUCAACUUUUUAUUUCCUAUUGUUUUCCAUAUUAAUUCAUAAAUAUCAUUUUCGUAUCAGCAUUUUCCACUAAGUCUUCUGUUAAUAAGUUCCUUAUUGAUUUAGGCAAAUAUAUUCAGAAAGUUUUGACUAUCAACAAUCAAUCCCUUCAGUUACUAUAAGUAUUAAUCUAUAUUUCAAGAUAUAUAAAUAUACAAUUUACGUAGUACUUUUACUAUAUUCUAUUUUUUUAGCAUUAAUGGAUAACGAUAUAUUUACAAUUGAAUUAAAAAAA